AUGGAGAAAGCUACGAACGGUGCGGCGGCGCUGGAGACGCAGACAGCUGAGUUAGCUGAGCCAUCACCGUUUCGAAAAAUCAUAUCGGUGGCUUCCAUCGCCGCCGGUGUUCAGUUCGGUUGGGCUUUGCAGUUAUCUCUAUUGACACCGUACGUGCAGCUACUUGGAAUCCCACAUAAAUGGGCUUCUCUGAUUUGGCUCUGUGGCCCAGUCUCCGGUAUGCUUGUUCAGCCCGUCGUCGGUUACCAUAGUGACCGUUGUACCUCAAGAUUUGGCCGUCGCCGUCCUUUCAUCGUCGCCGGAGCUGGUUUAGUCGCCGUUGCUGUUUUCCUUAUCGGUUACGCCGCCGAUAUAGGUCAUAGCAUGGGUGAUAAGCUUGACAAACCGCCGAGAACGCGAGCUAUAGCGAUCUUCGCUCUCGGGUUUUGGAUUCUUGACGUUGCUAACAAUACCUUGCAAGGACCAUGCCGAGCUUUCUUGGCUGAUUUAUCCGCAGGAAACGCGAAGAAAACGCGGACCGCAAACGCGCUUUUCUCGUUUUUCAUGGCGGUCGGAAACGUGUUAGGUUACGCGGCGGGUUCUUACAAGAGUCUCUACAAGGUUGUCCCUUUCACGUUGACCGAGUCAUGCAAUACCUAUUGUGCAAACCUCAAGACGUGUUUCUUCCUCUCCAUUACGCUUCUCCUCUUAGUCACUUUCGUCUCGCUCUGUUACGUGGAUGAGAAGCAAUGGACGCCGGAGCCAACCGCCGACGGGAAAGCCUCGAACGUUCCGUUUUUCGGAGAGAUAUUCGGAGCGUUCAAGGAGUUGAAAAGACCGAUGUGGAUGCUACUUAUAGUCACUGCACUAAACUGGAUCGCUUGGUUCCCCUUCCUGCUCUUCGACACUGACUGGAUGGGCCGUGAGGUGUACGGAGGAAGCUCAGACGCAACCGCGAGCAAAAGCGCUGCAAAGCUUUACGGCGACGGAGUAAGAGCUGGCGCGGUGGGGCUUAUGCUUAACGCGAUCGUUCUUGGUUUCAUGUCUCUUGGUGUUGAAUGGAUUGGUCGGAAGAUGGGAGGAGCGAAAAGGCUUUGGGGAGCUGUUAACUUCAUCCUUGCUAUUUGCUUGGCCAUGACGGUUCUGGUGACCAAACAGGCGGAGAAUCACCGGCGAGAUCACGGCGGCGCUAAAACAGGACCGCCUGGUAGCGUCACAGCUGGUGCUUUAACUCUGUUUGCAGUCCUCGGUAUUCCUCAAGCGAUUACGUUCAGUAUUCCCUUUGCUCUAGCUUCCAUAUUUUCAACCAAUUCCGGUGCCGGCCAAGGACUUUCUCUAGGUGUGCUGAACCUGGCUAUUGUCGUCCCACAGAUGGUGGUAUCUGUGGGAGGCGGGCCAUUCGAUGAACUCUUCGGUGGCGGAAACAUUCCAGCGUUUGUCUUAGGAGCGAUUGCGGCUGCGGUGAGUGGCGUAUUGGCGUUAACGGUACUGCCUUCACCGCCACCGGACGCUCCUGCGUUCAAAGCUGGAGCUAUGGGAUUUCAUUAA